AUGAACCUUGAAGAAAAAGUGAGCAUGGAGUUGGUUCCACCAUCUGAGCAUCUCUGCUACGUCCGCUGCAACUUCUGCAACACAGUUCUUGCGGUUGGGAUUCCAUGCAAGCGGUUGCUGGAAACUGUGACAGUGAAAUGUGGGCACUGCAGUAACCUAUCAUUUCUCAGCACCAGACCUCCUUUUCAAGGCCAAUGCCUCGAUCACCAAUUCACUCUUCAGUUACUGACGAAAGAUGUGCCUGUGUAUACCAAGAAGAAACAGGGUUUCUUCAGCGAUUUGAGAAUGGGGCAAUCUUCAUCAUCAUCCUCAUCCACAUCAAGUGAGCCAUUGUCACCUAAAGCACCAUUUGUGGUGAAACCACCUGAGAAGAAACACCGGCUUCCAUCUGCUUAUAACCGAUUUAUGAAAGAGGAGAUACAGCGCAUCAAAGCUGCAAAUCCUGAGAUACCACACAGGGAAGCGUUCAGCACAGCAGCAAAAAAUUGGGCUCGGUACAUUCCAAACUCAGCAGCUGGAUCAGUUUCUGGGAGCAGCAACAGUAUGUCAAAUUCAGAUUGA